AUGAAUGCUUCGAGUAUUGCUGCAGAGUUCCAGCAGCUUGAACAAUAUGAGGUGUAUGAUACCAUUGUUCGUCGACUCGGAGGUCAAUAUUCUAUGGGGAACAAAGUGGACAGCAUCUAGGAUUUUGUUCUUCAUUAAUCGAUAUUUUGGACUCGCUGUAAUCAUUGCCUCAACCUUCUUCGACGUCCACACAAAUCCUGUUAAUGCCAUCCAUCAAUCUUAUUCACAACUACUAGAUGUAGAUGUUUCCCUGCUAGCAUAUUUGUUCACCAGUCAUGCAUUCACAAACUUCGACAUCAUUGGACUUUUUCUUGUUUUGAACAUCGAGAUUAUCCUUCUUCGAAGGCUGUUUGCUCUAUAUGACUACACAAAUGAGUUUGUGCUCUUUGGUGUAUGCGAAGAAACAAUUCCAAGCUGGUUCAUUCCAUUCUGGACUCCAAUCAUGGCCUUCGACUUCGUGAUCAUGGUACUUGCUGGCUUCAAAUCUAUGCAACAUUACAUCCAUGUUCCCAAUAAAAAUUGGUCUGGUGCUCGGUUAAUGAAGACUUUGGCACGAGACUCUUUUGUUUACUUUGCAUGCAACUUCCUUAAUUACUUGGCCAUCACAUUUGUGUUUCAUCUCGCACCACCUGAGUUCUUCCAACUAGGAGCAAGCUGGACAAUUGUGAUACCUCCAAUAGCUGCCAACCACCUGCUCAUAAAUAUGGAACAAUCUCGUUUCAGAGACACUAACUCCACUACAGACUCAAGGACUAAUGUGGAAUCUGAGUCCUCGAAGGACAUAGAGCUGACACAACGACAUGUUCAGAAUACUGCACUGCUUGCUGUUGUAUAA